CAUGGGCGUGCUCAGGGUCGGGCUGUGCCCCGGCCUCACGCAGGAGAUGGUCCAGCUCCUGAGGAGCCGCGGGAUCAAGACAGUGGUGGACCUGGUUUCUGCAGACCUGGAGGAGGUAGCCCAGAUACGUGGCCUGUCUUACAAGGCCUUGGUCGCCCUGAGGCGGGUGCUGCUGGCUCAGUUCUCAGCUUUCCCUGUCAAUGGCGCUGAUCUCUAUGAGGAACUGAAGACCUCCACUGCCAUCCUUUCCACCGGCCUUGGCAGCUUGGACAAACUGCUUGAUGCUGGUCUCUAUACUGGAGAAGUGACUGAAAUUGUAGGAGGCCCAGGCAGCGGCAAAACCCAGAUAUGUCUUUGUGUGGCAGCCAACAUGGCCCAUAGCCUGCAGCAAAACGUCCUAUAUGUUGAUUCCAAUGGAGGGCUAACAGCCUCCCGCCUCCUCCAGCUACUUCAGGCCAGAACCCAGGAUGAGGAGGAACAGGCAGGAGCUCUCCAGAGGAUCCAGGUGGUACAUGUGUUUGACAUCUUCCAAAUGCUGGGUGUGCUGCAGGACCUCCGAGGCACUGUGGCGCAGCAGGUGACUGGUUCUUCGGGGACUUUGAGGAUGGUGGUUGUCGACUCAGUCACUGCAGUGGUCUCCCCACUUCUGGGAGGUCAGCAGAGGGAAGGCUUGGCCUUGAUGAUGCAGCUGGCCCGAGAGCUGAAGACCUUGGCCCGGGACCUUGGCAUGGCAGUGGUGGUAACCAACCACAUAACUCGAGACAGGGACAGUGGGAGGCUCAAACCUGCCCUUGGGCGCUCCUGGAGCUUUGUGCCCAGCACCCGGAUUCUCCUGAACGUCAUUGAGGAAACUGGGACAUCAGGCAGCCAGCGCAUGGUGUGUCUGACCAAAUCUCCCCGUCAGCCGACAGGUGUCCGGGAGAUGGUAGACAUUGGGACCUGGGGGACUCCGGGGCAGAGCCCAUCGUUAAAGGGAGAUCAGACAUGACUGGUGCUGCUGACUGUGAAGGAGGGAGGCAUUGAGGCCCCCGACUUUCCUUCCCAGUAAUGCCUGCUGUCUACUGCCACCCAGCGCUUGGGACUACAGAAGUUCUCUGCCUGACCAGAAGAGACAUCUCGAUUUCCUCCACUUCACUCUCUGUGGAAGCAUAUAAAGCCUCAGCAAGAGAGGAUGCUGCCAUGGGAGGACGCAGAAAUUCAUGCUGGUGCCAUGUUUCCUUCCCUUGUUUCCACCUGUAUGUUUCUGGUGGAAGCUGAGUUCACCAUUGCCUGGGGCACCUCUGAAGAGGCAGGCUAGUGACUGGAUGGAUAACCACCAGGCAACCAUUGUGUCCCAUGCUCUAUCCUAGCACAGUGACUGAGACAGGAAGCCUCUAGCUUGACUUUGCUUCUCUUUUUUUGCCUCUGCUUUUCCAUCUGUAAAAUGGGAGUGCCCUUUCCCUUAGCACUGUCUCUGAUUUACUGGGUGGAAAUAAUUUCAUGAAUGCAAAACUCUGUGUUCUGUAUUCUGCUUUUAAAAGUAUAAAAAGGG